CAUCUGAAUCAUCAUCUGAAUCACAAUCAUCAUCUGAAUCAUCRUCCUCGUCUCCAGCCAGAUAUCUGUUAAAAAAGAUGCAAAAGAGUAUAGGARUGGUCUUCAAUUUGUUAUAAUCUUUUUUCUGUUACCUGUUCAUUGUCAAUGCCAAUUCAUUUAUUCGACUACRCAAUGGUUCUAAACAUAUUGGACAAACAGAAUUUUCUGUUGAUGCAUAAAUGUGAUCAUCCCAUUGACGKCCUAAAGGUAAUAGGCAGCAUUUGUGGAAAGAGUGCCCACACACRAGUCUCUGGGUAUUUGGUUGGGAAUCCUCAUCUGCAUCACAGUCUGGUUUAUCACAGAAUAGCAUGGCAUCAGGCUCCAUUUCAGGUCCAAAUGCAAAGGCAAGUGGAAAACAUCUUUGAUCAAGAGUUGCAUCCAGUGCAGUUUGGAAUGGAACACUUCCACUUUCUUCUCAGWGAGGACAUUUAAGAACCUAGUAAACAAGUGGUCAACUCCUGGUAGUUUUCUUAGAUGCAAUAUGUCUGAGAUGUUUGAUAGUGUUGCUUUGUCGUAGUUUCG